AUGUUCGGCGCCAUCGACGAGCUGUUGGAGAAGACCGGCGUGAGGGCGAAGGACAUCGGGACCGUGAUCGUAAACUGUAGCUUGUUCAAUCCGGCGCCGUCGCUGUCGGCGAUGGUGUUGAGCUUCAGAAUUUCUGUUUCUCGCCCUGAAUCGGAGGAUUCUGUUGCUAUUGUUUCUUCCAACAACAGUUUACAAACUGACUAUUUACAAACUUGA